AUGUUUUUCAAGGAGUUCGUUAUCUUAGCUCUUGGAGUUUCCGCCAUGGCGUCCCCUAUGCCCAGCGGAAACAAGAAUGUCGACGACACGAGCACCCGAACUGACUGGGUUUCGAGCUACAAGCCUGGCAACAAGAAUGUCGACGACACGAGCACCCGAACUGACUGGGUUUCGAGCUACAAGCCUGGCAACAAGAAUGUCGACGACACGAGCACCCGAACUGACUGGGUUUCGAGCUACAAGCCUGCCAACAAGAAUGUUGACGACACGAGCACCCGAAGUGACUGGGUUUCGAGCUACAAGCCUGGCAACAAGAAUGUUGACGACACGAGCACCCGAAGUGACUGGGUUUCGAGCUACAAGCCUGGCAACAAGAAUGUUGACGACACGAGCACCCGAAGUGACUGGGUUUCGAGCUACAAGCCUGGCAACAAGAAUGACGUCGACAUGAGGCUCCAUUUCUGGGUUCCGUUGGGCCCUGAGUACCUCAAGCUCGAUUACUCGCCCAUACACCAUGAGCACCUCAUCACUCUCGCGUCGGGGACCCAGAUGAUGCAUGGAAGUGGGUUUAUGAGUGCCGUGGCUCGAUUUCUCCAUCUGUGA